UAAUUUGCACACUGACAUGCAUAUUAAUGGUUGAAAUGGGAGACAGUAACUGAAAAGUUCUCUGAUGAAGGUUGAAAUGGGCCGGCCUUUUACCUUUCGCGCGUCUGGUUGAGUCUAUCCCGGGUGAGAAACGCGUCGCCAUCGAUGGGUCUUUGCUGAGCUGCUUAGUGGACCGUUGGAGGCCAGAGACCCACACGUUUCACUUCAGAUGGGGAGAGAUGGCUCCUACUCUGGAGGAUGUGUCACUUUUGCUGGGACUACCGUUGGCAGGUCAUGCCGUAGGACCGUUGGACGCACCGGCUGGUUGGGAGCGAGCUCUCACAGAACGUUUUCACGGUGUUUUUCCGGAUGCUCCCGAUCCGGUAUGGGAGCAUCACGGACCUAAGUAUGAGUGGUUGCUAAAUUUCCGGAUCCAGAACUUCCGGGCGCCCUUGACUGCGGAACAGAUCACUCGGAGCCUCGAGGCCUACUUACUGUGGCUUUUCGGCAAGGUGAUGUUCACGGAGAACCAUGUCACCACUAUCAGCGCCCUCUACAUCCCUAUGGCACUAGAGAUAGCGAGCGCUCAGACGGCGGAUCAGAUCAGACAGAGGAGUUGGGGUUCGGCGGUGUUAGCGGCUACAUACCGAGGUAUGUGCAACGGUUGCCAGCUUACAUCGAGAAAGCCAGCCCUUCUUGGAUGCCCUCUAUUCCUACAGCUGUGGUCGUGGGAGAGGUUCUCUAUAGGGCGACCAGAUGUACGGGUUCAUGAGCCUAUAGACGCCAUGCUUGAUGUUGAGGGCAUCGACAUGCCUACUUUCGGUCUGUGUUGGACUCGUCGCAAGAGACGCUUUGCUAGUGAUCAGACCAGGAAGGCGUACACAGCAUUGAACGAGCAGUUCGAUGCGUACACCGGGGUAAUCUGGCAGCCCUACACGGCAGCAGCCAUACAAGCGAGAUACCCUGCUGGUAUGUCUGUAGGGUUAUGA